UGUUGGAUGUGUCCGGCUUAAAUUCCGUGAUUUCAAGCUUCCUGGCGCUUGCUUUCUCUCUUGGAGUCCCGAGAAUAACGCCGCUGUGAGUGGAGGUGAACGCGUUUUCACACACUACAUGCGCGUAAAAAGCGCUCAUCUGGGAGUUGUUCUCGUCCUUAUCGGUUUGUUUCCUCCGGUUGGCGCGCCGUCACUAUGCUCCAUUUUUCAGUGUCCUCCGGUUCUGGUUGUGUUCACAGCCGUGCAUUUGACCUCUAGUCUGCUGUUUCCACACCGCUGGUGUUUCGGCGGCUGUGCGCGCUCUGGACUCCGGCUCAUCCUCGGAGAAGUUCCGCCGCAGUCCCAUGUACAGCGUUUCUCUGUCUUCCUCUUGCUGCGAUAAGGAUGCUGGUGGAUUUUUCAUGGUCAGUUUCCACAAGAUUGGCCCAAGAUUGACCAGCGGACCAUGUAAUUAGAUCAGAGAUGUUCAUACAGCAGGCCUGUGGAAGAAAGUGAGCCCUCACCUUUGGACUGAUUUUAACCAUUUCAAACACUCUUCUGAUGUGUUAAGCAGCUUUGCUGAACAGUUUGAUGGAGAGCUGGUCGGAUGACAGCUGGAACUGUUGUCAUAACCGGAGGAAUACUGGCCACAGUGAUACUUCUGUGUAUCAUAGCCGUGCUGUGUUAUUGUAGACUCCAGUACUACUGCUGCAAGAAGAAUGGGUCUGACAGCGGCUCCAUCUCUCAGCAACACUUUGCCUGCAACGCCUGCAGUGUCUCAGGCCUGGACGGACCCAUCAUCACCCCACUGUCCCUGUCGCCACCGGUGCCGCCCAAAUCCUACAAACCCACCAAAACCACCAGGGGGCGACGCAGCUACUGUCCCACCUGCUCACCCUACGACUCGCCCUUUUACAUCCGCACUACAGAUGAAAUGCGCAACGGUGGCGAGCGCAUCACCUACAUGCCCACGCACUAUGACAACCAGGCGCUGUCGAUGCCGUUGCCCGCGGUCCGAGGCUCCCUGCUGAGGGAGACGCAGCGAGGUCGGCCUCCUGAAUUCUACACCAACACACGCGCCAUCAGCACCGAAGUGUGACCACCCCUCCCCCCUCCUCUCUGACAAAAAAAAAAAGAAAAAAAAUUCCUCCUUGACCCUUGACCUUUACACACACAGAUUCCCCUGUGUUCCCUUACACACACCAGCACCACCACUAACACAACCACUAAACCAAUUUACUGAUUCCUUUAUCCCGUUUAUUUCAGAUUCGCUGAGAAGAUGAAACUGACUAUAAAGGGACCCUUUAGCCUGAGUUCCUUCCUUUAUACUCUUAAAUUGUACGUUUUCAUGCUCACUUAGAAAGUAAUAAUUCUGUGAUUCACAGUAGAUAAAAGUCCCUAAACCCUGAAUUAAGGGUGUGGCUAAACGCUCACACACUUGUUCACUGUCGACUGUUUCCGUGUCUUUACCGACCGAGGGCUAUUAUGGAUAAGUUGUGGGAUUAUUUUUUUCAUGCUACAUAUCUUCCCUGUGACUGCCAUGAAGUAAUAUAAAGAGGUAAGUAGCAAGUAUGAAGCAAUUUUAUCACAAUCGCACGAUGCCCUGUGUAGUCUUGGGAGGCGUUCAGAUAACGUUGAGGAGGCUGGACGACUGGAGAUGUCUCUAUGCAAGCUGUCUAGCAAACUACCGCAGCUCUUCAUGUCAGCCUUCUCCUUUCAGCGGUUUUCAUGUCAUCAGUGAUAUUGUGAAGGGGGUAAUAUUGGGAUUGCUGUGCCCACCAGUGAGGCGUGGUGGUGAGGCACGUGUAGAUAGACACGCUGUAAGCAUUUAGAAACGGUGGCAGCAUUAAAGCUCGAACUUCCCCCCUGAUGUGGAAACCUGUGAACAAACAAAGGAUGCCUGAGCCCCCCGAAUGCAGCAGUGGGACACCUGAAAUGAACUGAAUGAAAUUCUCUUUACUGACAGAAAUGCAAAAAGUUUGAAAUGUAAAUAGUAACCAGAAAACGGCGUUGGUGACAGAGGGAGAGAGAUGCACGCUGGGGGUUUAAAGAGCGAUACGUCUGAUUUACUGAUUCGUGCUAUUUUGUCUACGCACUCUUUCUGUGCUCCAGCACUGCUCUCAUAAUGAUGCAAAUAUCCACAUUAAUUUACAUUCAUGUUAUUUUUCCCCUGUAUUAUGAGAAAGUGUGCGUACACACCUGUGUCAUUUCACAGUGCUCCUUUUCUACAUGAUGCUGUGUUGCUUGCGAUAAUAUUUGCUGUUGUUGUUUUGAUAUCUGUGUAUACAGCAGGAGUCGGUGGGCCUGAAUAAGCAGAGCAAGAAACCUUUGGGAUUUGUGUGAGGUGAGAAUGUUGGAGAGUGUCGUUAUCCAAGUAUUUAAGAACAAAAUAAGAUGCACUUUUCUAACCUCUCCUCCAGCCGUGCAUAAUCAGACUUUAUUACCAGCUUCUUAAUUACUUUUUCAUAAUUAAAUCCUUAAAUCAGUUUUAACUGCGGUGCCAUUAUUAUGCUGUGCAUAUUCAACCUUCUGAAGACCACAUGGAAGCAUUGGUUUUCUCCAGAUUAACUAACACGAGCAAAUAAAGAACUAACAGUAUAUGUACAGAGGUUUCAGUCGGUGGAACGAGCGGAGAGACGUGGACAUGUUGCUGUCCUACGAUGGUUUUAUUGUCAUUAUUCAAUUAUUUAGACAUUGUAUUACCUGCUAUCUAUUUUACUCUUUGCUUAACCAGUAAUCUUUGAAAAAUAUUAAAGAAAAUGAU